AUGUCCAAUCGUUCAAACGUCACGUUUGGACCCAUCCCGGUGUCUCCUCUGUCUACAGAGGCCCUGACUGUAGUUACCGUUCUCCACGCCGUCAUCUUCAUCAUCGGCACGGCAGGCAAUGCCACCGUGUGCGUGGUGUCGUUCUUCGGCGCGUCGGCUCGGAAGAUUCAGCGGACGCCGAUCAAGGUGUUCCUGGCCAACCUGAGCGUGGCGGACCUGCUGUUUCUGCUGAUCAGCGUCCCCGUGGCCCUUGUCAAGACGUGGAUCCCUUAUCCAUGGGUUUUCGGCUCAGCAAUGUGUAAGCUGCAGCCUAUGGCAGAGUAUCUGUUCUACCACUCAUCUGUUCUGACCGUGGUUGUGAUCGCCGUGGAGCGGUACAAAGCCAUCUUCUGCCCGCUGAAGAUCAAGUUUCUCCAGCGUCGCAAACGUACAGCCGCCAUCUUGUUCUCGAUCUGGACCAUCAGUCUCAUAUUCAGCAUACCCUUCACACAGCUGGCCACACUGGUCCAACAGCGGCACGGGGAAGAAGUGGUGGACUUCUGCGAAUUUCGAGCGGACAGUACCGCCAGUAAGCUGUACUAUGUCGCCGUCAGUGUUUUGUUUUUCUUUGUACCUUUCUUUGUAUUGGCAGUCGCGUACGUGGCAAUAUGGUGGCGACUCCGAGUCGCUGCUGUGAAGAGAAACAGACAAUUGCAGGGUAGACGGGGAGAGUCAAACAUACGACCUUCUCAAGACCAACCUAAGGAGGUUGUCAUCCUUUUUCUUUCUUUUCUGAUCUGCCUACUUCCACAGAGAAGUAUUCAGCUGUGGAUGUUGUUUGCUCCAAAUGAUGAAAUCGAAGGUUUGGGGGAAGAAACCAUCGCCAUUUUGAUAGUGUUCCUCCGCACUGCCCUUUAUGUAUAUUGUACAAUAAACCCUGCACUAUACAAUCUAUUCGCUUCACAAUUCCAGUUAGACUUUAAAAAAUUCAGGAGUCUCAAUGUGAAGAGAAGUGACCGGCUCAGAGGCAACGAUAUAGAAAUGUCUUGCUACGGCUCUUGUAACGUUGUGUGGUCUCUUAGUUCCAAUAAUAUGGGCAGACUGCGGAAUUAUACAGUUCCACCGGGUAGACCUAGACGGGGAUCAGACGUACUGCAGCCCCAGAAUACACGUUUUCUAUCAGUUCGGCAUUCCGCACAAACUGGGGUGCUGGCAGAAACUUGUUGCUGA